GGAAGACGUCAGGAUUUGUGCAGCGAGUCGGUCAUCAGUCGAGGGGGGAGGAAAAAAAAUGUUGCCACUCUUGGUCACCGCCGUGGCCUGCGCCCUCCGGUGCUUUUCGGCCGCUGCGGAUGUGUUGAAAGCAGAGGCGUGGCUGCAGCAAUAUGGCUACCUGCCUCCCGGUGACGUCAGAGCGCAAGCCUUGCGCUCGCCGCAGUCCAUCGAGACGGCCAUCGCAGCCAUGCAGAGGUUCUACGGCUUGACCGUCACCGGCUCAAUAGACUCCGGCACGCUAGCGGCGAUGAGUCGUCCACGAUGUGGAGUUGCAGACAAAUUUGGGCCAGAGCUCAAAAGCAACCUGAGGAGGAAGCGAUACGCCGUGCAGGGGUUGAAGUGGGACAAGGCUGAGGUGACUUUCAGUAUACAGAACUACACGCCGAAAGUUGGUGAACGGGCUACCUACGAAGCCAUCCGGAAGGCCUUCAAAGUGUGGGAGAGUGCCAUCCCGCUCGCCUUCAGGGAGAUCCCGUACAGCCACAUCCGGGGCAAGGUGGACAAGUACGCGGACAUCAUGCUCUCCUUUGCCGAGGGCUUCCAUGGCGACAGCACACCGUUUGACGGCGAAGGCGGCUUCCUGGCCCACGCCUACUUCCCCGGUCAGGGGAUUGGGGGAGACACGCACUUUGACCUCGCCGAGCCCUGGACCGCCGGGAACGUGGACCAGGGGAAUGACGUUUUCUUGGUGGCCGUCCAUGAAUUGGGUCAUGCUCUGGGUCUGGAGCACUCCAACAACCCCUCUGCCAUCAUGGCCCCCUUCUAUCAGUGGAUGGACACGGAAAACUUCCAGCUUCCAGACGACGACCGCAGAGGCAUCCAAGCCAUCUACGGUAAAGAGCUGUCCAAAGAUAAACGGCAUCAUUUCAAAUCGAAUACGUUGAAUUCUGUUUCUGAUCGCGCAGGGACCAAGACAGGCGGCCCUCCUCCUCCGCCUCGACCCACUAAGUCCUCCAGUCCCAAGAGACCAGAAGACGGUCCAGACAUCUGCGAGGGACACUUUGACACCAUCGCCAUUCUUAGAGGAGAAAAGUUUGUCUUUAAGGACAACUGGUUUUGGCGCGUGCGCAACAAUAAGGUGCUUCCAGGCUACCCCAUGGCCAUCAGCCACUUCUGGAAGGGCCUGCCCUCCAACAUCAACGCCGCAUACGAGCGGGAAGAUGGGAAAUUCAUCUUCUUCAAGGGUGACAGGUACUGGGUCUUUCGUGAGUCCACAAUGGAGAAGGAUUCCCCCAAGAGUCUGAAAGACAUAGGGACCGGUCUCCCCAAAGACAAAAUGGACGCAGCUCUCUUCUACACCCCCACGGGACAGACGUACUUCUUCAGAGGCACUAAGUACUACCGCUUCAACAAGAGGACUCGCACUGUGGAUAGCGGCUACCCGAAGCCGAUCAGCAUGUGGAGCGGCGCGCCAGACAACAUCAAGGCCGCCAUUAUGAGCGAGGACGGUUCGUACACAUACUUCUACAAAGCCAACAAGUAUUGGAAGUUCAACAACCAGUACAUGAAAGUGGAGUCCGGCUACCCCAAAUCUGUGCUGAGCGAUUGGAUGGGCUGCGAAGGCGAGGAGCCCAAGAAGGGUCGCGAAGAGGAGGUGAUCAUCCUGGAGGUGGACGAGGCUCAGAGCGGCGGCGGACCGAUCGCCGUGGUGAUCCCAAUCCUCCUCUUGGUCCUGGUGGUUGUCACCCUGGGGGUGUUGUUGUUCUUCAGGAAGUACGGCACGCCCCGGCGCCUCCUCUACUGCCAGAGAUCCCUUCUGGACAAGGUCUAGGCACCAGUGACUGAUGGACUAGCACAGAGGGACCCAAAAAUGAGCGGGCGAGGGCCAAGUGAAGAUGGAAACUGGGAGACGGGAUGGCACGAGCAAAGUGAAGACGGAUGAUCGGGGUGUCCAAAUAUUUGGGUGGUUUCUACAUUAUGUGUCGCGUAGAAACCGAAAUCCGGUGUAUUUGUACGGUAACUAUUUACAUGGACUGUGUCGCAGAUUAAGAACAUGCCUACAACCUCGACUCCAGAAGGGAUGCACAGUACCAACGAAAACAAAAAGCAAAAAAAAAACAACAAAAAAAAGACAAUGACUUUUCAGCUUCCUCCCUCAUAUUCUAGUUUUUUUUUUUUCUCUUUUACAUACACUACUCCAAAAAAGUUAAGGAUUUUGAUUUUAGGGGUCAAAUUUCAGGAUGAACCUAAACCGCUCUGUAGAUCCUUGACGACUGAACUUUUUUUUUUUGACUUUCCCAUAAUCUUUUGAUUUCCAACUGUUCAAUGACAAGGACAUUCCACCUUCUAUGCCUUUCUGUGACUCUUCCAGUCACUUUGUUGCAACCUUUUGCCAGUCUGACGCUCAAAGCUCAUUGGCCAUUCCCUCCUCCGAACAUCCCGUUUUCUCGCAACUUUGAGGCUGUAAACGAGAUGUUCUGAGAGGGAAGUGGCCACUGAGCCGAAAGUGUCAUCAGCGAUGCGGAGAGACUGGAAGAGACACAGAAAGGCAGAAGUGACCGUCUUUGGGAAUGUAUUGGCCCAUUCAGCAGCUUGUUGACGCACAGCAAGCAAAAAGUUGUGAAACAUUGAACAGGUUUCGAGAGAGUCAAAUUAAAUUCAGUUCAUCCUAGAAUUUCACCCAAGAGCCCAAUAUGCCAAACUUUUCGGGAGUACCGUAUGCCUAACUGGACGACUCCGGCUGAACUGCUGUUUGAUUGUGAGACAUGAAAGCCACGUAUCAUUUUCUGUUGCAAAACGUGCAAAAUCAUCAUAUUUUAGAUCCAAAUGCCAAAAAUAAUGACAGGCAUACAACGUUCCUACAUUUUAGUUGUUGUUUUUUUGUUUGUUUUAUCACUAUUGCGUCCACAGAUGUUACUGUGGCACAAGCGGCGAUAUUACAUAAAUAGUCCACGUGGUACAGAAUUUUGUUGUUUUCUUAUCUGCACAGCUGCGGUCAGAAGGGAGAAAAAGGGAUCGGCAGAGAGAGAGAUUCCAACAAUACGGUGCAAUUUUUUGGGGGGUUUGUUUUUGUAAAUUAUCGGUGCAUUUGUGUAAUUAUUAUUUUCAGUACAGUUAUAGUUAUUGUUGUCUCCUAGGUUGUUGUUGUUUUUUUUCCCUCUUUUACAUCUUUACAUUGUCAAGAGUCCUGCUGGACAGAGGCACAGCGCGACAAUGAUUAAGCGAGUAAUCCAAGUUUACAACGCGCGCGCGGAGAUGAAUCCGAUCAAAUCAGGUGAUUAUUUUGAAAGAUAAUCCAGACAUUAGCACGUGAUAACAAUCAAUGCUAUUUAUGAACACAGGGUGCUGAGUUUCUUAAAACAAAACCAAGAAAAAAAAAUAAUCGAAGGUGAAUUGGAGUUCAAACGAUUAUAUUUAUAAUGACGAGUGUAUCAAUAAAACCGAAUGAGAUUGUU